AUGGUGGAAAGGGAUGGUGUGGAUAUGUAUCUAUGUACCACUGAGUUUGGAAUCAAUUGUUUCUUUCUUUCUUUCUUUCUUUCUUUCUUUCUUUCUUUCUUUCUUUCUUUCUUUUCUUUCUUUCUGUUUCCCCUUUGUUUUUCUCCUGUUUUCAAUUUAUUUUUUAAGUCUUUCCUAUCUCCUUUUCUUUCCUUUUUCUUUCCACUGAUCUUUAGCAUUCUUUUUCUCAUUCUUUUUCUUUUUUUUUCUUUUUCUUUUUCUUUCUUUCUUUUUUUUUUCUUUUUCUUUUUUUUUUUUCUUUUUUUUCUUUCUUUCUUUUUUUCUUUUUUUCCACCUUGUUUUCUAUUUACUUAUUUCGUAAUUUUUCCAAUCAUAUGUAGCAUCCUUUUUUUUUUUUUUUAUUCCCUUUUUUAUGACUUUCUUUCUUUCUUUCUUUCUUUCUUUCUUUCUUUCUUUCUUUCUUUUCACCUGUUUUCUAUUUACUAUUUCGUUCUUUCUUUCAAUCAUAUGUAG